GAUUACAUUUAUAAAUUUCAGAAAUAAUGAAGCAUCACAUGGUACCGACGAAAUUCCUAAAUGCAAGUAAUAACUUUGGUGAAGACCCCAAAAAAGCAGAGAAGGAAGACUUUCGCCCACUGACUCACUCUGCCGCUCUCUCUCUCUCUCUCAACCGCCGACUCAAAAAAGACACCGUCCAACUCGCCGGUAGCUCUGAACCGCUGAGUUUAUCAGAAAACGCUCUACAAAUCAAACUGUUUGUACAACCUUCCCCCAUCCACUGCUUUAUUUGAACACAGUAACCGCCAAUCUAUGUAAUUUAUCAAUUCCAGCCUCAAUAAUUUUGGUCAAAUCUCAAUACCCAAUUGAUUUUCUCCGUUUUUAUCCACAAUCCGUUUCGGCUAACUCAUAGAUUUUACUACUUUAGCACUCUUCUUCAUCUUCUGCUCGUUGCAGAUGAUUUCUCGGCCGCCAUUUAUCCGAGUUUGCAAGAUUAUCGCCGCCGGCUUUGUUAGGGCACAUAAUUUUCUGGGUUUCUGAAAUCUAUUCAGUUGGACCUAAUAUGCAUGACUUGACCCAAUAGAUACACAAAUUGAGAGCUCAAAAAUCUCCAGAAAAUUAGCAAUCCAGAAAAAAAAGAAGAUAAAAGAAUGAAUGACUCCACAGCGUCCGGUGAUGAUUCUUCAGGUAAUCAAGCUGCCACGCCAAAAGCGAUACCGAAAAAGAAGCGGAAUCUGCCCGGCAUGCCCGAUCCUGAUGCUGAGGUGAUCGCUUUAUCGCCGAAGACGUUAAUGGCAACAAACAGAUUUGUUUGUGAAAUAUGCAAAAAGGGAUUUCAGCGGGACCAGAAUCUGCAGCUGCAUCGAAGGGGUCACAAUCUGCCGUGGAAGCUGAGGCAGAGAUCGAGCAAGGAUGUGAAGAAACGCGUCUACGUUUGCCCCGAGCCGAGCUGCGUCCACCAUGAGCCGUCGCGGGCGCUGGGGGAUCUCACCGGAAUCAAGAAGCAUUUCUGCAGGAAGCACGGCGAGAAGAAGUGGAAAUGCGACAAAUGCUCCAAGAAAUACGCGGUGCAGUCGGAUUGGAAGGCUCAUUCCAAGAUUUGUGGAACCAAGGAGUACAAAUGCGAUUGUGGAACUUUGUUCAACAGGAAAGAUAGUUUUAUCACGCACAGGGCAUUUUGUGAUGCCUUAGCAGAGGAAACUUCGAAGCCGCAGCCGGCAACAGCACCUCCUAGUGCUGAUGAUGGUCCAAGAAUUGCAGCUGUUGUUUCACCGCCAUCUCCACCUACCUCCGCCUCAUCACCGCUACCACUGGCGCCAUUACCAUCGGAAGCUCCAACACCUGAGGAUUCUUCUGCAACUGAUGUGGUAUCUUUGGUCUUACCAGAUAACAAUCCUGUUACGGAAAUGCUGGAAAGCACGAAACCUGAUUCGACCAGUGCCCAAAUGUUGGAGGAGGCUCCUGUGAUGACAAACUUGACAGCUAGCUGCAGCAGCAGCAGUGGCUCCAGCAGUAAUGGAAGCUCUAGCAGCAAUGUCUUUGCCAGUCUGUUUGCAUCAUCCACAUCUUCUGGAAGCUUUCAAUCUCAAACAGCUGGCUUCUCCAAUCUAUUCCGGAGUAUUGCUUGUCCCGACCCUACGCCUGCUAUUGCCCCGUCUGCAUCUUCCGAACCAAUAGCUCUCUGCCUCGCAGUGAAUCAAGGGUCGUCAAUUUUUGGAACGGCAGGCCAAGAGCGUAGGCAGUAUCCACCAGCACCACAGCCAGUUCUCUCAGCAACGGCGUUGCUACAGAAGGCUGCUCAGAUGGGUGCUGCAGCAUCAAAUGCAUCGUUACUGAGGGGUCUUGGGAUUGUCUCUUCCUCCUCGUCUCCUAGUGUUUCUCGCGAAUGGAGUCAACAGCACAUUGAGUCAGACGGGUCAUCAUUAGCUGCUGGCCUUGGUCUCGGUCUAGCCUGUGAUAGCGGAUCUGGUCUGAAGGAAUUGAUGUUGGGAACUCCUUCCAUUUUUGGCCCUAAGCAUACUACCCUCGACCUUCUUGGCUUGGGGAUGGCCGCCAGUGGUGGCUCCACUGGCGGACUAUCAGUUCUGAUGAACGGUGGUCUUGAUGUUGCUGCAGCUACGCCCUUUGAUGGUAGAGAAUUUGGUGGCCAAGAUAUAAGAUGAAACUCAACAAUGCUGUUGAAUUGUAGUGAAAAAUACUCGAGUUUAAGUUUUAGAUGGGAUAAGCCAUUUUGCAUUUCAUGGGCCUUAAGGCCUUUAUGAAAGAAUUAUUUAUGUUUUUCUUUUUUCCAGAAACGGAGAGCUCCGUUACUGCUGCCUGCAGCCGUGUAGUGGAGGCAACCACCAGACCCGUCCCAUCCGGUGAUCAUAAGGUACGAGCUCGUAUACCCACCUAAGGAAUUCCAUGGGAAUGUUCAAUUCAAUAUAUGAAGCAAAUUGUGUAUAGGUUUGUUGUAUUAAAAUCAUAUGCUACAUACAAAGCUUUGUGUACAUGGUCCCAUUUGGAUUACUUUGAGGAGACUAGUCACCAUGGUUUAGAUAAACAUAUAUGUCAUUAUAGUGCUUGUGUCUGUGGGUUCCUUUUUUAUCAAAAGUUGUUUAGCUUUAAAAAAAUUCUUGUUUAUUAAGCAUCGGAAAGUUGAAUUUAGGUAGAUGUACGGUACUGAUGUUAAAUGUGAUGGGGUGGUUGUCUGGCAAUGCCACCCAAUAAAUUAGCUCUUAUCCAAAAAAUGAAUUAUUGAAUUG